AAUUUGCUUCACCAUAGCAUUCCUGAUAGCAUGUGUUUGGAUGUAAAAACCUUUCUGUUCAAUUCCGGCCAUGUAGUUCCUCACCUCCUUCCUGAUCAACUCUUGCAUCACCGCCAAACACUCUGCACUGAAAAACUAUUUUUCCAUCCCCAAUUCACCAUUCUACAUACCCACAUGGCCACUUGCAAAAUUGCCAAAGGUACAGCCGAUGUCGGAGCAGAAAGAAAGAUCUAUGGAGCUUAAUCAUUUUAGUCAUCCGCAUCCCCUGCUCCUCCUGGAAGAUAAGAGCGACCAAGUCAGGGAGCCUUAUUGCUCAGGAUGCAGGGAUCUCAUACAGGAUUCAAGUUACAGAUGUGCCAACUGCAAAUUUUACCUUCACAAGUCGUGUGCUGAGCUACCCAGGGAGUGGGAUCAUCCUUUUCAUCCCCAUCACCCACUCGUUCUUUAUGAUAAGCCGCAAAACGACUCUCCUUGUGUUGCGUUUAAGUGCAGUUCCUGUCAAAAGCAGAAAGGUGAGGGAUUUGUUUAUCAUUGUUCUACUUGUGAAUUUGACCUUGACAUACAGUGUGCUCUGCUACCAAAAUUGAUUAUUGGAGAUUUCCCUAAACUUAUACAUUUUAGCCAUCAGCAUCCACUCUUUUUCAUUGAAAAGCAUUACAUUGAAAGUGCAGAUCAGUCUUGUUUUGCAUGUGAAGAUCCGAUAUCAGGUCCUAUUUAUUGUUGUUUUGAUUGUCUAUUUUUCCUUCAUAAAAAAUGCGCUGAGCUAUCUUCUGUGAUAAAUCAACCUAGCCACUGCAAACACUCUCUUACUCUUCGGCACAGUCCUCCACCUCCCAGCCACUUCAAACACUCUCUUGCACUUCUAGCCAAUUAUCCACAUGAAAAGGACUGUUCUGGCCAUUUAUGCAACAAACUCCCAAAGGGGUUUUUUUAUUAUUGUUCUCCUUGCGAGUUCAGCAUUCCCAUCAAAUAUACUUUCUUACAUUUAUUUGAAGAAAAGACUCAUGAACAUCCAUUCACUUUCCUACCAAGGCCAAUGUCAUUCAUCUGUGAUGCAUGUGGUACUUGUGGGGAGUAUUGCAUGCCUUACAUAUGCACCAUAUGUAAUCUUGUAGUGCAUAAGGAUUGUAUUUCCCCUCUACAUACCAUCAAGUUAAGAAGGCAUGAACACUCUGUUUCCCAUAUUUAUUUCCUCGAAGAAAAUGAAGUAAGAAAGAGGAUCUGCAGAAUUUACCGGAAAGAAGUGAAUAUGGAAUAUGGGAGCUACCGUUGCUCAGAUUGUGGUUACUUUGUUCAUGUGAAUUGUGCAAGAGACAAAGAUCUUUGGGACUAUGAGAUUUUUGAGGUGGAAGAAGAAAAUCAGAAGUCCAGUGAAACCUUAGGAGAAGGAGUAAUUAAAAACUUCAGCCAUGACCACAAGUUGCUACUAAGUGACAAGAUGAAAAAUUGUGAAUAUUAUUGUGACGGUUGCAGGAGACCAAUCUCAACUGCAUUUUACCAUUGUGCUGAAUGUAAUUACUUCCUUCAUGAAUGUUGUACCGAAUUACGUAGAAAGAAGAAACACUGGAACGUUGAGAAAACUCGAACUCUCAACUUUGAACACAUUUUUAGGUGUUAUUUUUGUGGGUUUUAUUGCAGUGGGUUUUGCUACGUCAGUGAUGAUGACAGAUCACCAAGUAUCUGCAUAAGAUGCUUUGAAAUUCCAGACUACUACCUUGCUCAUGGACACGAGCACCAUCUUUUCUUUGACCACAAGUUGAGAAGGGAGUGUACUAUCUGUAAUGAAAAAUAUGGAAAGUUCAGGUGUGAAGAAGAUAAUUGUGAAUUUGUUUUGUGUAGCCGAUGUAUUGCGCUACCAGAGACGGCCUGGUACAAGCAUGAUGGAUACAAGCAUGACGAACAUCCUCUUGCACUCACUUACUAUGAUGAUGUUCAUGAUUCGUAUCAAUGGUUUUGUGACAUAUGUGAAGAACCAAGAGAUCCAAAAAAGUGGUUUUAUUACUGCGCAACUUGUGAUUAUUCUUGCCAUCCCCUUUGUGCUCUCGGGAAGUACCCAUGUGUGAAGUUGGGGUCACCUGUCAAGCUUGCAAUUCAUGAACACCCUCUCACUUUCAUGAAGGACAAUCUUGGCUAUCACAAAUGCAGUACUUGCGGCCAGAGUUGCAAAGAUGCGUUCCUCAAAUGUGUAGAGUCAGAAUGCAAGUAUGUUGUCCACUAUUUAUGUCAAUAGUUUCUGCUUCACAUGUAUAGACGUCGGCUGUGAAGAAUUGACAGUGAUAUUGCUCUUUGAUAUUGAUGGGAUGGAUAUGUCACUUAUGGAAUGUAACGUUACUGGACCCUUGCAUUUGUUUCUCCUUGAUCGAUGCUCUUAACUUGAUUGCUGGUUUGCUUGAUUUCUGUAUUAAUGAUUUCAGCAUUUAUAGUUUCCUUGUUUGCUUUAUUGCCUGAUUUUUGUAUAGUUCCGUGCUUGCUUUAUUGCCAGACUUCUGUAUUUAUGAUUUCAGCAUUCAUAGUUUCAACUGGAUUACUUAUAAAUAAAUAUUGAGCUACUUG